AUGGCCUCAGCUGGGAGCACUCUUCUCCUCUGGCUCCUCCUCUUGCUGCCGUCGGUUGCCAUUUCCACAGUUUCGAGCCGUGGCAUCCGUCUGGAGCUAAGUCACGCAGACACCCGCGGCGACUUCACGGGGACCGAGCGCAUCCGCCGCGCCGCCGAACGGAGCCACCGCCGCGUCAACGGCCUGCUUGACACCGGCAUCUCAUCCACUGCAACGCUCAAGGGCGACGGCAUUGAAGGAACGGCGUCAGUGCACGCGAGCACGGCGACGUACCUCGUCGACCUCGCCAUCGGCACGCCGCCGCUCGCGCUCACCGCCGUCCUCGACACGGGCAGCGACCUCAUCUGGACGCAGUGCGACGCGCCCUGCCGGAAGUGCUUCCCGCAGCCCGCGCCGCUGUACGCGCCGGCCAGGUCCGCCACCUACGCCAACGUGUCGUGCCGCUCCCCGCUCUGCGACGACCCGAGUUCGCGCUGCUCCGCGCCCGAGCGCGGCUGCCCGUACUACUUCUCCUACGGCGACGGCACGUCGACGGACGGCGUCCUCGCCACGGAAACGUUGACCUUCAAGUCUGGCGCCGCCUUGCACGGCAUCGCCUUCGGCUGCGGCACGGAGAACCACGGCAGCACGGACAACUCGUCUGGUCUGGUCGGCAUGGGGAGGGGGCCACUGUCGCUGGUGUCUCAGCUGGGCGUCACGAGGUUCUCCUACUGCUUCACGCCAUUCAAAGACAAGACAUCGAGCCCUCUCUUCCUCGGCCCGUCGGUGGUGGCCCUCUCGACCUCCGCCAAGUCCACGCCGUUCGCGCCAAACCCAUCCGGUGGCGGGCGCACGAGCUCCUACUACUACCUCAACCUGGAAGGGAUCACCGUCGGCGACACCCUGCUGCCGAUCGACCCCGCCGUGUUCCGGGUGUCCCCGAUGGGCGGCGGCGGGUUCAUCAUCGACUCCGGCACGACGUUCACGGCGCUGGAGGAGCGAGCGUUCGUGGUGCUGGCCCGCGCGUUCGCGACACGGGUGGGGCUCCCGCUGGCCAGCGGCGCGCACCUCGGGCUCAGCCUCUGCUUCGCCGCGCCGGAGGGGAGGACCGACGCCGUGGAGGUGCCGCGCCUGGUGUUCCACUUGGACGGCGCGGACAUGGCGCUUCCGAGGGAGAGCUACGUGGUGGAGGACCGGAGCGGCGGCGUGGCGUGCCUGGGGGUGGUGAGCAUGCGGGGGAUGUCGGUGCUGGGCAGCCUGCAGCAGCAGAGCAUGCACGUCCUCUACGAUCUCGAGGGGGGCGUCUUGUCGUUCGAGCAUGCAAAAUGCAGUGAUCUUUAG